AUGUCGGAGGCGGCGGCGGCGGCUGGGCCGGGAGGGUCGAGCUCGGGACUCUGCUGGGCCUCGCUGCUGUCCUGCUUGAGCCUGGCCUGCUCCUACGUCGGGAGCCUCUAUGUCUGGAAGAGCCACCUGCCCAGGGACCACCCUGCCGUCAUCAGACGCCGUUUCACAAGCGUCCUCAUUGUGUCCUGCCUGUCACCAGUCUUCAUCUGGGUCUGGAAAGAGGUGACAGGUGUUAAGCCAGGUACAUCCCUUCUUGCUCUGAUGGGCUUCCGGCUUGAGGGCAUAUUACCAGCCAUGCUGCUGCCUUUGCUACUAACCAUGGUCUUAUUUCUUGGGCCCCUCAUCCAGCUGUCUAUGGAUUGCCCUUGGGACCUGGUGGAUGGUUUAAAGGUUGCAUUUGACCCCCACUUCUGGGUGCUCUGUCUGACCGACAUGCGCUGGCUCCGCAACCAGGUCAUCGCGCCACUCACGGAAGAGCUGGUAUUCCGCGCCUGCAUGCUGCCCAUGCUCGUCCCCUGCACAGGAUUGGGACCUGCCAUCUUCACCUGCCCACUCUUCUUUGGGGUUGCUCACUUUCACCAUGUGAUUGAGCAGCUGCGGUUUCGCCAGGGAAGUACAGCCAGCAUCUUCCUCUCAGCAGUGUUCCAGUUCUCCUACACAGCUGUUUUUGGAGCCUACACAGCCUUCAUCUUCAUCAGGACAGGGCACCUUGUUGGGCCUGUCCUCUGCCAUUCUUUCUGCAACUACGUUGGAUUCCCCGCUGUGGGCGCAGCACUGGAGCACCCACAGCGCCUCCUGGUGGUGUUCUUCUAUUUGUUGGGUGUGGUCCUCUUCCUCCUCCUCCUGCACCCCAUGACGGACCCGGCCUUCUUUGGACACCUGCCCAUCUGCUCCCUGUCCAGGUGGACCUCUGCUGCCAACAGUAUCAGCAGCUUAUCCCUCUGUUCUUGACACCAGCGGAGAACAUUUGUCAACCUAGUCCUUCC